AUGACGAAACCCCAAAAAUGUUCCUCUACAUGGUCUGCUAUGUUAGGUUGCAAAAGUGAGAUGAAGGAAGGGUGUUGUUGGGCAGUUGGUAAUGGAGAGAAGAUACAUAUCAAGACUGACCCUUGGAUUCUGAAACUUCAUAACAAGAGGCCUAUCCCCAAUUUUCUUUCAACAGAGCAGCUUGUUUUAGUUAGUGAACUUAUCCUACAGAACCCUCCAAGUGAAGAAGGGACUGAGGAUAAAUUACUUUGGCUUCACCAUCCUAAUGGGGUCUUUACAGCAAAAUCCUUCAUCAAAACUUUAAAUGACAGAGCUCCUUCUUCCUCUCAUUAUGGUAAUGCUGGAAAUAUUCCUUGGAAGAAAUUCUGGCAGGUAAAAGUUUUGGCACCCAAUCUUCAAAUAUUUGCUUGGAUAAUUCUUAAUAAUGGUAUUGCAGUUGGUAGCAGGAUGAUGACAUACUACAAAGAUAUUAAUACAGAGUGCAGGAUGUGUAAUGGUGUUGUUGAAACUUUGGAACACUUGUUCCUAUACUGCCCUGUAUCUCAAGCUGUUCUUUUUGCUUCUCACCUGACUCUCAGAAUUGAUGCAAGCCUAAAUCUCUCAGUUCACCACUAUAUCAAGAGUUGGUUAUUAGAAGGUGGAGACUACUCAAAGUUAAAAAUGGGGAUUUGUCUGUUCUGGAGUAUAUGGAAGACCAGGAAUAACAUAGUCUUCAACAAAGGCACUGUGCAUAUUCAGAAAAUGCUUCAAGAGACUUAUUACUGGUUCCACCGUGAUACCAACAUUCAAAACGAUACCACUCUGCCUUCUGAACAAGACUUACUAGACUCUGCCGAGACUGUUUGGUCCCCUCCCACUCAGUCAAAAAUGAAAAUAAAUUUUGAUGGUGCUGCUGGAAUUAGAGGUUUCGCCUGCGCGGCAGUGGCAAGGAACUACAAUUGUGAGUUUAAUGGGUGUCAGACACAAGUUUUCGCAUUCAGCAUCCCUGUAGAAGCUGAAGCUCAUGGUGCUUUGGUGGGAAUUGAGCUUGCCAUCAGCAAGGCUAUGAGGCACAUUAUCGUUGAAGGUGAUUCACUCACUGUGAUCAAUUCUCUCAAGUACAAUAAUUUCCCAGUCCCUUGGCGUAUUAAGAAUACUAUUGGAAAAAUCAAAGACAAGCUAGGGAACUUUACGUCUGUUGAUUUUAACUUUAUCAAAAAGGAAGCCAAUUUCAUGGCUCAUUCCUUGGCAGCUUAUGCUGUUCAGAACCAACUGUCUAAUCAGUGGUUAACCUCUCCUCCUUCUUGUAUUACUCAUUUGUUUAGUGAGGAUUCUUCUUCUUAG